CGUCGCACCGCACCGCCUGCGCCACUCGGUCGCCGCGAGCUGUCAGACGUGCACGUAUUGCCGUCUCAUGCGCGUUCCUCGCACGAUACUUUAGUGACUUAUUAGUUUUAACACGAAUCCAACACGCUCCCGCGGUUAUUGUGUACGAGUGAAUCUCCAAGAAUUUUAAUUGUUACCGUUUUUGCCAACAUUUUCACCUACAAACGAACAAGUGCAUCGAGUGUAGAGAAGGCUGCAUUCCAAACCGGUGUCGUUCUUUAACGGGCGAGCUGUGCACUGUGUACUACUUGUUGUGUAUGUGUACUUUAUAUUAGCCGCUCGCGUGCAGGGGAGCGCCCGGUGUGAAACCUCCCGCGGGACACGUGGGAACCGGGAACGCGAGUGUUGUCAGAAUGUAAUGUAGUGAUCGUCGACGACACAAAAUGGCUCGAGAAAACGAGCGGCAUUGCCUCGACGCGGCCGCAAAAAGCCAAACGGAAAGAUUGCAAGACGCGGAAAAAACACCGACCGAUUGCAAACCUAACGGUCUGCGAGUGCGCUUCCUGGACGAGGAGGGUAAGACUGAGCGCACAGUCAGUGCAGACGAGGUGGACUGCGCAGUCACGCGCGUCAAGAAGAUUCACAUCCUGAAGAACCGCAGCUCGAGCGAGACCAGCAUCCUUCUCCGCAAUCCUUCGCUCCUGAAGCGGCGGUCUAGCGACCGACGUCACAGCGACGGACUGGCCGAUUGUGCCAACAACAAUUCUGCUUCUAGCGAGAAUUUGAACCGCGAACAUCGCCCCGAAGACGACACUACCAAAGAUGCGCACGGACACGGCUUUAAGAAAAACUGUAACGUGUACAGCGUACACCAGGCGAAGACUUUGACGCCAGAGCGGAAAAAGACUUUGCCGCUAGCAAUGCCGCGACUUAUUGGCCACCGGCUGCAGGAGGGUAAAUCGAUCCUGCCGGCAGAGGUGUGUCUUGCGGAGGGACUGUCCGGGAAGGACUUCACGGCGCGCGCCAUCGGCCGCCUGUCCCGUGGUAUCGGCAAGCUGCUGCGCCGCUCCAACAGCGUGCGCAUCAGCGAUCCCGACCCCGUGUACAAAGUGGCUUAUCUAGGCAACGUCCCCACCGGCUGGGCCAGAGGCGAGAGCUGUAUCGAAAAGCCACUGGCGACACUAUGGCGCAACUACCAGCAGUCCACCAAACCCGACGUGGUGAUGAAGUUAUCCGUCACCAACUCCGGCCUCAAGGGCUUCACCAAAGAGCACGGGCUUACCGAGUACUGGUCCCACCGCAUCACCUACUGCGCAAGCCCGCCACACUACCCCAAACUAUUCUGCUGGGUCUACCGGCACGAGGGAAAGAAACUCAAGCACGAACUCCGCUGCCACGCCGUCCUAUGCACCAAAGAGUCGAUAUCAAAGAAAAUUACAGAGGAACUACAAGUUAAACUGAAGCAAGCACUAGUCGAGUUCAAAAAGGAUAGGAUUUCGAAGCAAAAUGCGAGGUUAAGCCUUGCAAAUAGCGUAUACGAUAAUCCAAGCAUGCCUCGCAGAAAGAUCCUGUUGAGCGUCGGCGCUAUGAACUACAGGCCGCCACUCGAGAGAUCCAAAUCUGCUCCUAAACUGGGUGCGAUCGAAGAAUUAUGCUCCGAGGAAGAUGAAGAGGAAGCAGAAAUGAUUGCACGUGAGAACAUUACCAAUGAUUGGACACGGACUUCGUUCUCUAAAAACAUGGAAUUGGAUAGUACAUACUCCACACAGACGCUUGACAGGCGGCGGCCGGAGAUGAAGAGCCCGAGGAAGAUGUCCUGCCCCGAAGGCGUCAUGAACCGCACCCUCUCUGACUCUGCCACCGAAACCGUCACUAUCUCCGACGAACUCCUCGACCUAAUAGCUAAAGAGAGCACGAAGAGUGCGGCCGAAACCCAAAACGACGAGACGCUGGAGGCAAUAGCCGAAACAAACGAACUGAUCGACGCGGCGGCUAACAAAUUGUCGAGCAACUUCCUCGUCACGGACAGCGACGACGGAUCAGUAUCCUCGGGCUGCGAGACCGCCAGUACAGCCGCCUCGGACACGGAGCCUUCGUCGCUCCCGUCUCUCCCUCAGGAGGACAAGCACGCCGACGCGGAGCCGAGUUUCGAUCAUGACGCUAGCAGAAGUUACACCAGCGCCAUCGAAACGAACGAGGUGAACCACGUGCCCAUUGGAGAAAAGGGCGGCUUCAGACGAAGAUCAACGUACCCGCCUCUCAGCUCCAGUAUUAUAGAGUAUGAGGGUAAAUUUGAAUCUCUUAUCGACAACCUGACUGAUGUGGACAGCCUUAACUCCAGCACGGAGACGGACGUGUUCAAGAGUGUUGGAGAUAACGAUAGCGCUUGUAGUGACGAAUCUGGCUACUCCGAACUCUUGGAUGGCAAAGAGAGCAUCAUUGGCAACACCAUCAUGGUUUAAUAACAUAAUAUGGUGGACUUUAGCGACCGGAAAUCGACUGUAUAAUUAAAAAUGUGGUAUUUUAGAUAGUUGUGGUAAAUGCUUAGAAAUAUUUACAAGUAGUCUACUACUGGCUGUCGACCUAGACGCGCCGAAACAAUGCACAUUAUGUUAGGCAAAUUUUAGAAAAUACGAUAUUUGUAAAGUGAAAUUUGAAUUUGUACAUAACAGGGUAAGCGUUGUACUUUAUCCAGUAAAAGUAAAUUUUAAAUGUUUGUAUAUAUUGUAAUUUAAGUUUGAAUUUUAAAUGAAAUAUUAGAGAUUUAUCUAGAAUUAUAUUUAGUUAUAUAUAUUGUGAAUGACCUGAUAUUGCACAGAUGAUGUUUAACCAACAGUUUGAGUCGAAAGUUGAGCCCGCAGCUCAGAUACUGUGACGCCGCGGAUACAUAAAUGUAUGACUGGAAAUAUUUGGACUUAGUCAAUGCCCUUUUCCCAGCUUUUGAACUAGUAAAGUGUGUAGGAAAAGUUGUGAGCUCGCGAAUGUUCGUAGUUCGUAACGCUUUAAACAAGUUAUCUACGUAGUGCUAACUUAUUUAAAGUUAAAUGUGAAGCAAAAUGAAGUUAUGUAAUUGAUUUAUUGGGAAACUCGAAUCACGGACGCUAGAACAAUUUCCGGGUUUUAUUGAGGUUGCUUAUUAAAUCAUCGACACACGAUCUGGUUUGCGUUGAUGAUUAAGUUGAGCGAAUGUAUUCUCCGUUUUCAUAAACGUAUUGUAAACUGCAAUAUGAUUAAGUAUACAUAUGUUUCGACUUGAUGAAAUCUGUGGCAAAUUUUUAUUUGUAAUUACUAAUUUAUACAUGAAUUUAACUUAUUUACUAUGUGUCGAGUCCCGCGUGGUGUGACCAUUCUGUAUAUUUUGUAUGUCUGUGUUGUGUAGUUUUCUUGUCUGUUGAUUAAACUAUCAUACUGUUUUUUCUCACCAUCAAAUGGUAUGUAGGUACUUACGCAUUCCACUUGGAAAUACACCGGUCGUUCAAUAUUGUAGUGAUUGAAAACAAAAAUAAACUAAAAAAUAUUUA